AGCUAACAGUUACUUCCGAGUAACGAUCAUUUGCCAACAACAGUCAUGUUGGUUUCCCCUUGAUGAAAAUCCCUGUGUGAAUGACGUGAAUAAAGCCAUUAAAGGUCUCUUGCUGUCUGCAGCCAGCGUCUGCUAGAAUAGGCUUCCCUGUGGCCAUAUUAUAUGUUUAAUAUCAUUCUGAAAGAUGUCUUGGGCAAAUAAUCUACCAGAGGAGUUACUGUGUAGGCCAACAGGUCAAGUGAUAUUGACUGGUCUUGAUGUUACAUACAAUGCUGUACACAAAUCUAUAUGGGACUCAUUUUGUAACAACAGGCGACCAGACCGUGUUCCCUUACAGUUUCAGGUUGUCCCUGGAGACCAUGAGUACCCAAAAUGUAGAACUAAUAAGAGACAGUCCUAUGAGUGGUAUAUUCCUAAAGGUAUAUUGAAGUCAACAUGGAUGAAGAAACAUUUGACCCAGGUACCAGCUGUUGUUGUUGUUUUUUAUGAUCUUGAUUGGGAUGAACAUAUGUGGAAAGAAAAACAAAUGGAGUGUUCUACUAGAGUAGAAAUUGUCAGGAAUAGUUUACAAGGUAGAGGAACAAAAGUGUCAGUUGUGUUGAUACAGAAAAAUGCACCGCUGCCCCCUGGUGAGGAUGUUGUAGCUGCAGAAAGGGCAGCAUCACUGUGUAGUGCAUGUGAUUUGUCAGCCAAAAAUCUGUAUGUCCUACCACAGACUGACCAUUUAAUUGGCUACACAAUAAGGUUAGAGAAUGCCUUCUAUGAGUUAUCACAAGCAUAUUAUCAUGGUGAGGCAAGAAAGGUGAAGUCACACAAAGAUUUCCUCAAUAAAACUACACAUCAGCUAUUGUUUGUAAGACACCAGUUUAAAGUUGCUUUCUUCAACGAGAUGAAACAGGAUACUCAUACAGCUAUCAAACAUUACAAGCAAGCAUAUGGUCAUAUACUGGAGCUGAGAAUGUAUGAUACAAACAUGCUGGAAAUUAAAACUAUUGCUGGAUUUAUCAACUACAAGAUAUGUAGAUUAUCAUUCCAACACAAUGCCCCGCUGGAUGGUAUAGCCCAAUUUAGGAAGCAUAUUGACUUCUUCAAGAGUAAAAUAGGAAUAGCUGAUCUGGCAUUUGAGCACAGUGCCUGGAUGUCUAAACAGUUCCAGGUAUUUGGAGAUUUAUUUGAUGAGGCUAUCAAGCUAGGAUUGACAGCUAUACAGACACAACAUCCAGGAUUCUACUACCAGCAAGCAGCAAACCAUGCUAUUGCCAGGAAACAACUGUGUAGAGGGCUCUGUAAGCCAACUCAAGAGAAAAUAGACCCUGAGAUAACUGAUGGUCUUAAAUCAUUGGAUUUCUAUGGACAAAGACCCUGGAGGCAAGGACUUCAAAGUAUAGAUCCACCAGAUUUACAGAAAGAGAAGGAAGGGAUAGUGGCAUUACAAUGUCUAGAGUUGAAAGAAGAUCAUUCUUGGCUGAUAAUUCCAUUAUUAAACAGUGCUGUUGCCCAGUUCAAGAAAUACAAAUCCUUGAGAAUGAAGCGAUAUCUGAUGGUUCAAAUGGGACAAGAAUAUUUCCAUGCCAAAGAUUAUCAAAGAUCUCUUAUGUUAUUAAGUAAGGUGACAUGGGAUUAUAGAGGAGAGAGAUGGUGGCCUUUACUGACCUCCAUACUUACAACAUCACUAAAGUGUGCCUACCUGACUGGGAAAAUACAGGACUAUGUUAUAAACUGCGUUGAACUUAUUGGACCUUAUACAACAUGUCCAGCUGAUGAAAAGACGAGAAUUCAGAUGAAUCUGUUAAGAGUUAUGUCUAAUGAUGCCCCUGAAGCAGAACCUGGCUUAGAAACUGCCUGUGUUGAGAAGGCCAGAAAUUUCUGGAAUCCUGUGAUAGAACCCUGUGUAUUCAAUGUAGAAAUGCAAAAUAUUGUACCCUGUGUUGAAUGUAAGGCACGAUUUACAAGUGCUACAGUGGCAGCUGACCAGGAAGUUGAGGUGGAGGUAUAUCUACGGGUCAGAUGUCCAUUUCCUGUCAGAUUCUCUAAAGUCAGCAUCUCACUCAAUAACCCUAUGUAUAAUCAGUACUUAGAAGUGAUUGACGGCCAUGGGAUAUCUGCUGCCUCUGAAUCAGAAAGUAAAGAAGGAAAUUUAUACUUGGUACCCGGCACUCCAAGAUGUUAUAAAUUUACUUUCCUUCCUGUUCAAGAGGAUGUAGGGAGCCAACUUGAGAUAACAGGUGUAUGUGUGGUGAUGGGAUCAGAGACUGCCAGGUGUGCUGUCAUGACCUGGGUUGGUGCCGGUGGUGAUGCUGUUACACCAAUACAAACUGCACUGACUCUGUUACCUAGGAAACAAGGAAAACAUACAAUAGAAUGGGACCAGAUUGAGAUUGAUCAAUCAACAAAGAUUGUAUCAAGACCAGCGAAAGUGGACAUUGACUUACAUCAUGAAGCACCAAGUCUACAGAAUGAGUUUUAUCUUAUACAAGCUACUGUCACCAACAGAGAGGAUGUAGCUAUCAGUAAUGUAGUCAUGUCAGUCAGUAUACCAGAAAGGGAGGAGUCAGACAAAUCUACACAUCUAAGCUUAGAGCAUGCAGAGUUUGAUGGUAGAGUUGUUUCCCAGCUUUCUUACAUUGAUCUGGGAACCAUGCAGAAAGGAGAUGUUCAGAACAAGUCUAUUUUUGUGAAAUGUCUACAGACUGGGUCCAAACAUAUUACGUUCCAGGUAGAGUACAAUAUUGACGUGACAGCUGAUAACCAUGUGAUACCCUGUGCGUGUGUGAAGACAGAAAUCAUUAACCUGGCUACUGUCAGUGCGUUUGAAGUGUCGGUCAAACUCAUGAAUAUGAAGUUUGAGACUAUAGAGGCUAUACAAGCAGAAGAACCAUUCUUGUUGAUGCCAGAACUAAAGUGUACCUCACCAUGGGCAGUUGAUAUACAAGACAGUGAUUUACAUCUGUCUCAGUGUAUAGAGAAGGCAGACAUGACUCAAUCACAGUUACAAGGAGUGUGUUUAAAGAAGAGUGAAUGUGCUGCUGAAUGCUUCUGUCUGACCUCGAUGAAUUCUGUACAAACAUCUGUGUCACUUGGAAGCUAUGUCCUACAUUGGAAAAGACAUAAGGAUGAAAGUAUAACCUUAGAUCACCCGUCAGUGACAAGCCUUUUCUCUCUACCAACUGUUACCAUAGAACACAUACCUCUAUCUGUGGAGCUCAAACUUCCUGCCCAUGGUAGCAUGAAGUGUCUGUUACCUGUGUGCUAUGUUCUGCACAACCGGACAGGAUACCCACAAGAAGUGGAGGUUAACAUGGAAGCUAGUGAUUCUUUUAUGUUCUCUGGAAACAAACAGGUACACUUUAGACUGUUGCCAGGUAAACCUUACGAGAUGACAUAUAACCUCUUCCCAUUGGUUGCUGGUCAUGUGGCCCUUCCCAAGAUGCACCUGAACAUGUUGAGAUAUCCGGGAACAAUGGAUCCUAUUGUACAAAAGAUGUUACCAACUCAUAUUUUUAUCAAGCCUCUAGGUAAAGUGCCACCUGGUGAGAAAUAACUAUACAAUGUAGUUUAAACUAGAAGAUGCAAAGUAUGUUGUGUUGAUGUGAGAGACAAUGAUGUCAAUGAUUAUAUAUCUAUAUAAUACAAGUGAAUGAACUGUGUCAGAUGCUAGAUUGUAUUUACAUGUACCAAGUUAUGAAUGUUUAAGGCAGUGCAGAGGAAAAUAUAUAAAAUAUUUACAGUGUUGUGUGUAAGCAAUCUUUCAUUAGUGAUGAUACAGAGAAUGUUACAUAUGAUUAACAUUGAAAUAAUUAAUUUUGGAAGAUAUAUCUUUACUGAAAAUAUUACAGUUUGGUUGAAACUGUAUGUUAUUUGCAUGUACUUCAUUGUGGUAAGGACAUAACAGAUAGAAUAGAAAGAAUACCAUAGAGUUAAUUUGUACAGUGGCACUUCACCCUUUUUUUAACAUGUUUAAGAAUUUUGGUAUUACAUUAUGUAUAAUUGUGUGUAACUAAAAGUUGAAACAAUUAAUUUAUUGAUUGGAAAUGCCUCGGACAAUGUUACCUGAUAUGCUACAUGUAUUUAUUAAGUUUUUGCUUUUAUAAUUUCUGUAAUAUUAAAUGUUUAUGUGCAAUACAAUUAUGACUUGGAUAGUGCUGAAUAAUAAACUAUUGGUAACUAUA